GUGGCUGAGCGCUUAGCGGCGCUAUUAAUUAAUCGUAAGGUUGCCGGUUCGAAUCCCGGCAGGUGCGAAUUUUUUUUUGUACUUGUAAAAAUAAAUACGAGCACGUAUAAUUUCAAAAGUAAUAAAUAUAUUUGAAUAAUGAAUGCAAAUAAAAGUAAAUUUAUUAAUUAAAUUGUAAUUUUCAGAUAAGGACAUGAUAACUAAUGGUCAAUUAGGUUAGGUUAGCUACAUUAUAAAUACUUUAAAACUUUGUGGACGGUUGAUUUGGUUAGGAUAGUUACAUUAAAGAUACUUGGAAAUCAAACAUCCAGGGGGUAGGCGCUCCCGAUCGGCCAACUUCGGAGAGGAUCGGCAUUUGCUGCCAGUUGCAGGACGGUAGCAUUGCUGUCGCUAGACUCUUGUUGCAUAUUCACUGAUAUAAGUCGGCCUUUCUUAUCUCUAAUCUAUGGUAUCAAGGAAAUUUAGGUUUUAUGUUUUAUAGCAGCCAUAGUUGGCAACACUACUUUGCACAUUUUUUCGAUUAGAAAAAAGAAACCUGCAAUGUACAACAUAACAAAAGGAGAGAUUGCACAACCAUUGUAUCUCGAAACGCGAAAAUAUCUGGAAGUACGCAGUUUCAAACGAGAUAGAACCAACGAUAAAAAUUUCUAGAGAACAAAUAACGAUUUUUUUUGAUGAAGUAACCAAUUGCUGAAAAGUGUUGGAUGGAUGCGCAGUCUGUGGUAAAUUUGAGACGCACAACUGACACAUGUUUGAAUGGGAAUCCUCACCAAUCACGCAGUUUUCACGCAGUUGUUUGUACCUCGCGUGAUGUACGACUCAGUCUCUUGCGAGAAGCCAGAAAACCUCAUCGUGAUUAGUAGGCGGACUAGCAAGUCGCAUGCCUACAUUGCCGCAUUUACUAUUCCGUGUGAUGUUUCCCAAGAAAAGGAUGAUGUCGGAGACGUACUACCCGAUGAACCACGUGUCGUGGGGGUGCAGCCCCUGCCAGCAGUCGCCGGGGGCGCGCGCCGACAAGGAGACGCAGUUCGACGGCCUGCUCGUGGACCGCAGCACCUCGGUGGGCGACCUGCGCAGCGCCGACCCGUCCGGCGACUCGGGCUUCGGCGAGCACGCGCCCGAGACGUCGUCGCUGUCGCCGCCGCCGUCGUCGUCGUCGGGCGACGCUCGCCGCGACGACGACUCGUCGCGCGUCACGGAGGACGCCGGCGCCGGCGCCGCCGCCGAGGCGUCUGCUGCGUCGUCGGGCGACAUCUACAGCGAGAUCGCGUCGCCCGGCGACGAGCGGCGGCGGUUCUGCCGCGAGGACGAGAUCGUGCACCUGUCGGAGGAGCCGCUGACGGCGACGGGGGCCGACGACGACGGGGACCUGGAGCGCGGCGUGGUGACCAGCGAGCGCGGCGUGCGUCGUCCGGACGCGGUGGACGGGCCUUCCUCGAUGGCGCACGACCCCGACGACAGCUGCGCCAUGGACUGCCUCUACUACACCCUCAAGUGCUGCGACUGCAGGAUCAUAUGACCUCCGGGGAGGUCGAGGACCUUCAGCGCUGGACACUCCGGCAGGCCUGCGAGAUAGUGCUCGUUUGUGCGGACGUCACGGUACGGUUCUUCAUUCAACAACCACUCGAGUGGUUACCGAUUACCCAAAUAAGGCAUGCUAAAAUAUGUUAUUGAGUGAGUAAAAGGACCCGAGUCUUCGUUACCACAUACUUCAUGCAAAUACUUAACUAUAUUCCUGGAGAAAAAAAAAUUCAAGUGCCUUUUCGUAAUAACAAGAAAUUAUUUAAAUAGAGUUAAUUUUUGCGUGUGUUGGCAAUUUUACGUAACGUAGGUGCUUUGAAGGCUGCUGAAAACUGUGACCUGCCAGAGACGACACAGGUUGACGGAGCAACGACAGUGCGAUAGGCCUGUCCUCGGGCCGCUGCUAAGACUUGGAGGAGAGUAUCGAGCUGUAAAAAUGGUCCCUGUGUGUUUUUUUUUUUACUUUCAUUUUGUGAGCUAUACGAUAUUAAUAACAUGUUGGGAGGUACCUUUAUCAUAUUUCUGUGAUAAAAAGUACGUAUCCUAUGAGAAGCUUCUUAAGACUGUUUAACCAUUCCUUUAGAAUUUAUGAAUAUGUCGUAACAAAAUCACAGCUUAGGUGCAUGAAUCAAUAAAAAAAGAAUAUAGACUAGAGCAAUUCUUCCUAAUAAUUUCAAGCUUUGUGAUGUGUUUGGCCUUUGGCAGCUUUAUAUACCUAUAAUGUACCUACAGACAAAUGCUGAUCUCAUAUCUUACAAUAUUUUAUAGUGUUGGGAACGACUACUAAAAAUUCCAUACUUUGACAAGAGUUUUGGGCUCUUUGUUUCCCUGUUAAACAAUAUUCAUACUAUUGACACUUGUAAUUUAUUUUUAGAGUAGCGCUCUUCAUUUGUAGAACGUACUGUAUUACUUUUUAUGAUGUUUUUGUAUUUAUGUGUUGUCUCUUUUACAAUAUAAAUACGCAAAAUAAGCAGCUAUUUUCAUAAAAAUUGAAGAAAAUAAUUCUGCACAAAUUUUGGUAUAAGUUAUAUUUGAAGAUAUGUUUCUAAACGCAGCGAUAAAUAUUACCUGUAUUUUUAUAUUAAACACAAUUUAAAGUACUACUAGUGAUUUAAUCAAUCAGGUGUUUGAAUUAUUACAGACCCAGAAACUGUGCAGGAUAACCUUUAUAAGACUUAGUGCACCUUAUAGGAGACAUUUGGUGCAGUGAUAAAGGACAUAUUGGCUCAAUAGUUCUAAAAACGAAUUGUUAAUUUAUGACUUUGUACUGCAAUAUCUUUAGCUUAGAAUAUUUCAUAUAAAAAUAUUCUAAUGAAUGUUAAUUAAAAUCCAGUAUUUCAAUAUGAAAAAUAAUGUGUUUUCCCUCUUGUGUAUGAGUGUAGCAUGAAUAGUGUCUCAAAUCGUGUUCAGAAGAUACAGUUAACAUUUGUUUUAUAGUUGUCUGGCUUUCUUGUGAAGAGACAAGUUUACGUUCUAUUGUUAUAAAAUAAUUCUCUUUUAAGGGCCCCGCCUCGUCAGGGGUGUAUCUGUGUUAGUGAGGCGGGAUGAUAAGCGUGAUGUUCGCUGAUGCUUCUAGCGCGGUAUCGCCUCUAAGCGCAAGGCUCUGAACUGAAGCGCAGUCUUCUCGUCGUCACAGGAUAACUGUGAAAUUUGAGCGGUGACCGUAACAUUAUAUUGCGGAUAAAUGAAGAUAAAGGUGUAAUGCAAGUCCCUUAAGGGGAUUGGUGCAGGACAAAAAACAGUCAUUCGUCAGAAUUUGUUGGAAAUGAGCUUAAGUGUUUUAUAAAUGCUUGUUUAUUACUACUGUACGGCCAGCCAGCACGUAUAUAAGCUAGCGGGUGAGAUUUGGCAAGUUAGUGGCGAGAAAGCUUCUGUGAGGGGAGGUUGUCGAAUGUUGCAGCUCUGAGGCCUGCCAUCUAGCGGGAAUCUUUCGAAGGUCUUCCACAAUAUCGCCUUUCUCUCUCUCUCUCUCUCUCCAACACGGACACCCAACCAGCUCUUAUCUUCGCUUCCCAUCUCGCACUAUCCUUCUUUCUCGGAUCAGGUAGCCGCCCUUCCCCGCGUAGACUUUCGUGUUACUCCAGGAAACCAAGACAACCUGUGAAAAAUUUGUCCAAAGCUGAAUUUUUGUACUGUGGUAGAGUUGACUAUGCUUAAUAACAUACCGAAUGUUUACCGCUGAAGACCUUGUGCGUUAUCACCGAAAAUUUGCAUUUAAGUCCUAGGUGACAGCAACUUGCAUCAGUCCAUUAAAAUGCUACCCAUUUAUACAGUUUUUAAUUUUGACUGUCCGUAAACUUACCAAAAUAAUCUAGAAACUGUAAUACGCCCACUAAUGUUAGAAAAAUUUUAAUUUUUAAUAUUUAAGAUAUGUUAUAAAGCGAUUAAUUCACGACAUAUAUUUAUUUUAUCUUUGCCACCCAGAUAAAAAUACGAUUUACACCGAUUUGAAGAGCCCAAUAAGAAAAAAUGUCUAAAUAAAUGUUUUUAAUUAUACUUUUAGCUUUAAGAUAGUAUAUUUAUAAAGAGUCUAGCAUAAUUAGUUGCCUCAUUAAAGCUGCCCGAGCGUUGCAGUGUACUGCGGCCGUACUGAUCUUUCACGGCCGGCGGGCUUUGAAACACGCUGCGUACUGCGACACUCAAUAAACUUGGUCUUAUUUAGGAAUUACUUAAAAUAUAUUUAAUGCAUAUGAUAGGGUGUAUUCAUGUUACAUCUAUUGAGAUAUACAUAUUCUUUUUUCUUAUAUGAAUGAUUUUUGAUACAAUAAAAUUAACAAUUUCUGCUUGGAACUUGUAAAUCAAAAUUCUAGAGGACCUCUGGUUUUAUAUAUGUGUGUUCGUAUUUUGUUACAAAAAUUUUAUUAUUAAAAAAUAUUUUAAUACCAAAAAAUAUAAUUAUUUUUUAUUUCUAAUACAUUAUAUUAUUUUAAAUCAGAACUGUGCAAAAUUUUAAUGUAGCCUAUAUUAUAAAAUAUAUAUAUUUAAUUAUAUGAAAUUAGUUUACUACAUAACAAUUGAAGAAAACGAUACACCGUAAAUGUGCUUAUUGAGUUUUGUCACUUUUAUAACAUAAUUCGUAUGAUAAUAUUUUUUUUUUCCAGAAAAUAAAUAAAACAUAAGUUGUGUUGUAAAAUGUAUUGAUAGAAUUACAUAUUUAGUAUUUUUUUUCUAAGUUAAUUCAUUGGAGUGCUGCGCCUAGCUUACUUCGUUGAAUUGCUAAUGGCAAAGAGCGGUGGUGGAUGUUUUUGCAAGAGUUUGACCGUAUUUUAUGACCCCAGCUGUGAGAGGGUGUUCGUCCCAGAAAUCCUAACGGUCAAGGAAAAUAGCCUUUCUCUGGCUGUAGUCACGUACGGGUCUGCUACUCGCGUAAUAUCGUCAGUUUAUCACAACUUUCCGGGAAGUUCUAUUGUUGUUAUUUAUUUAUAAUUUAGAAAUUAAAGAGUCGAUCAUACUAACAUUUUUAACUAAGCAAAUCGCAUCCUGGAAGAUUUUUAUCUACGUAAGCAGCAAAAAUCACUUGCAGUUAGGAAACUUUUAUUCUUUCAGAGUAAAAUUCAGUCUGGAAUUACCAUACAUUAAAAACCUUAGUUUUCUGGAGCAAAAAACGUCCCAGCACGAGUGACUAACACUGCUGCACACACACUACGCAUCUUGAAAUACAUCAGUGGUCAGACUAUUGUACCAGACACUCAAAAUAUACACAUUUAAACCUUUAAAAAAAAAACACACAGACAAUAUUUAUGAAGUUAUUUUGACGCUACACUCAACAUAUUUAUGUAACAUGUAGUCAAAUUUCUAUAAAAAAUAUAUUUUUCUUACCUUUUAUGAUUAAAAUUACCAAUUUAAUAAUAGGACGUUUAAACAUUGAGGUGUUUAUCACAGUUUCCAUGUAGGACAUUAUUUUAUAUUACUUUGGUGCCAUAAUGAGAACCGGCUUAAAAAAGUAUUAAAGUUAUUAAAUUUACGAAACAUUUUUGUGGAUCAUUGUAGAAAUUAUCAUUAAGGACUCAACUGCUCAUUAUUGGUGUGAUCACCAAUGUUACUAAGAAAUGUUCAUUCUACUACUGUACAAAAUUUUUGCUUUGGGAUAAUUUUCCAUGUAUUAAAAAUUUUUGUUUCUUAACAGCGAAAUUCGUCCCGACCCGAGCCUACUUCGACAACCUCGCAGUAGUAUACACUACGCCGCUCGGAUCGCUUUAAUGGUCAAACUAAUUGUAUGAGACACUUAAAAAAUAUACCAAUUUAAAGAUGAAUAAAUAUGCAACAACGUUUAAUUCAAGCGAUUUCCACGUUGGGCUCUUUAAGUUUAUGUAAGAUGUAUUUAUAUUUCCUUAAAAUUGAAUGAAAGUGAAUUCGUUAACUUUCAUGAUUUAAAAGGUAUAUUCUAUAGAAACAUGUUAAAACUUUGUGCUUUUUAUCACUAUCCUCAGAUAGGGCAAUGUUUCUAGAUUAUUUUGGGUUCCAUACUGACGGUCUACUCCAUAAAGUGCAUUUGCAAUAUCCAUUAUUGUGGAUCGUUGCAAAAAAUUGUCAUUUUGGACUUAACUGCCCGUUUUUGGUGUGACGCACAAGGUUUGCGGCAGUACUUAAACUUUUGACGUGUUACUAAGAAAUUUUCAUUCUACUACUGUACAAAUUUUCGGCUUUGGGAUAAUUUUUCAUGUAUUAAAAACCUUUGUUUCUUCACAGCGAAAUUUGUCCCGACCCGAGCCUACUUCGGCAACCUCGCAGUAGUAUACACUACGCGGCUCGGAUCGCUUUAGUGGUCAGACACAUUGUACCAGGCUCUCAACAAAUAAACUAAUUUAAAAUUUAAGAACUAAAUCGUGAUCGUAAAAUGGCCGCCAUGGUGAUUUGCGAAUGUAUGGAGAAAUAAAAACAGUUAAAAUCUUAUGUAGUUUCCAAGAGACAUUAUUACAUCACCAAUCAUCUAAAGUAACAGGUUUACAAAAUUUCAACAUAUUCAGUAACUAGUCAGUUUUUUUUUCAAAUGUGUUAGUAUUAACAAUCUGGACCAUAUCUAGUCUGUGAGGUCUGUAUUGUUACAGACUAUCUGUAUUCCGGUAUUUGGAUUUUGAAGCUACUUAAUGAUUCGCUUUCAAUGUCUAUUAAAAUAUACCUAAUGCUAAUUGCAGGAAUAUUUCUACUCGAUUUCAAAGUUAUAAUUCCUGAACAUUUGUAGCAGACACAUUUCAAUGUAACACUUACUGAUUUUCGAGUUGUGUUGAGGUUUCACAUGCGUGGCCCCUGCUCUGGUAACAAUGAGUCAUCACAACCGGUGCCGUCUGUACGAGCGUCUUCACAAGUUAUCCUGAAAUAUGUUCUUAAAUAUUAAUUCAAGUGAAUUCUUAAAAUCCUACACACCUUAUCUUAAGUGUCGUAAAUGAAUCGUUAUAUUUUAUAAAUCCAUAUAAUAUAGGAGCCAUAAUGGCGCGAAGCAAUGGACGCGAUACAAAUAAUAUUUUUUUUUUUUUUUUACCAACCACUACAUCAGUAAAUAUUUUUGGUUUCCAUUCGCUAUGAAUUCAAGCAUGUAACAUGUGUACUGCUUCUUCAAUUCGGCCACAGUUAAAUGGGAGGCUCUGAAUCACUGAAAAUUCCUCAACAAAAUCAACGAUGAAUCACAGGCAUUACAACAAACAGUUGUCACAAGUCAAGUAGCCAAUGAGCAGGUGACAUUUUUCGAGUUCGUAGAGGAUUGUUGAGACUAUCCUACAGGUCAAUGGCAACGCGCCCUUACGCGCAUGGUUAAUACCCCGCAUGAGUAGAGUGUAAAGGCGUAAGCCUGAGACACAUCUAGGUCCUCAUCUAACCGCGCACACUUAGAUUUAACUCAGGAUAGGGUGAAAAAUAUUUACUAAUUUUGCAGUCCUAACAGUCACCAACGAAUAGCCAGCAUAAUAAAUAAAUAAGCUCACGAAUAUUGUUCGUGAAUGAAGGCGAAGCUGAUACUUUGGAAACGUUACCAGCAGAUAUUAAAUAAUUUUUAACUAUUAUUUACGUAGCUUACUUCUUAAAACUGCAUUCAUGUAAACUGAUUUUGUGUGAUACUAUGUUGAGUGUUUUCUGCUACACGUAGUUUUCUGAAAAAAGUCUAUUGUGGCUUAAUAAACUUGUUAACAUUGGUGCCUGUCAUAAAAAAAAACUCAAACGUAAUUAUACGGAUACAUGUUGAGUAUAGUUAAUGAAUGGUUCACGCACUGCUGAAAAAACAAAAAAAAAACAUGUUUAAAAUUUUACACAUCUUUUUGUUGUCGCAUCGCGUCCAUCGCGUUGUACAUACGCAACUCUGAAAAAUAAAUAUAUGGUAAAAAAAGCUAUAAUAAAAAAAUCUCGUAUCUUUCUUUAUUCUUUUUUCUAAGCGCUCUAAUGGCUUUCGAUAGCUUUGUUCUUUUGUGUACGCUGCUUGGUGGAGGUUUCUUCUGCAUUUUAUUCCUGAAUAAAUCUCACGCUUACAACAAAAAACAUCUAGCUAAAUCACUGUGCUAAAUAAUAACAGAGAAUAACCAUUCAAUUAUACGCCGAGCUAUACCAAACACGUUAUCUUAUCUACUGAAAAUGAGUACGUUGACCUUCAUAUCAGUUUCCCGCGAAAUCCCGUCUCCCCUUCGUAAACAGCAGACAGCUGUGGCUGGGUGGGAACGAGCUGCAAAAAGUUUGGAAAACUGUCGCAAGGUGUCACUACUGUCCAGCGCGCUCCAUAAUUCCUCGUAUCCGAGCUUGCACGCUGCUCAAAUUUCUACAGCUACAUUUUUACUUUAGGUCCGACUGCAAUAAGCUAAAGACUAAAAUAAAGUCAAUCAUUCAGCCGACAUAUAUGUAGGCGUUUGAAUUACAAAUGAAAACGCGAAUGUUAUUAAAUUCGCAAAUGAAUAUCACGUAAUUUCGUAGCAGCUUAUUUAUUAAAAUUCAAAUUGUAGAUACGUUAAAUUAAUAAUGAUUACAGAUAAAAUAAUGGUCACAGUCAUAUCUCCCGUGUCUGAAAAUUUAUCUGCGAAUGUUUUACCACUGAAUUCUUUAUAGUUUUUAAAUAAAGCUCGAAUUUAAAACAAUUCCCGAAAAUCAGCAAUAACUUAAUUAAAAUAAAAAAAUAAAAAAAUAAAUUUUACACCAGAAUGGUUCAAAUCUUCUCUAGCAGCUGAAUCAUUAACAAAUAUAUUGUUUUUUUUAAUACGAUGCUGGUGCACCAAUCCCCUUAAGUGCUUUCAAGAAUCUGCACCGUUUUUUUUACGCCUAAAAAUUACUCUGAAAACAAACGUUUUGGCCAUUUUAACUCUUCUGAAAAUACAGUUAAAAAACUUCAUCCGAAAUCGAAAGUACUUUUCGGCCCUCAGCGAAAUCUUAAAUGCUUUUCGUAAGCAGACCCCGCUCGGAUAUCUUGAGUGGUUUUGAAAUCGCGUUGUUUUCCCUGAAGCUUUGCUCGCCGUAUGUGUGCCCGGGUAGGCGGGGCCCCUUAAGAUGUUAAAUGGCAAUUGAUUUCUUUGACUUGGAGUGCAGGUGGUCGAUGACUUGAUCUGGUAAAGCAUAAAGUAGUGUCGCGAGUACUCGCACCACGGUCUGGUCGUACUGGCGCGGCACGUUCUAGCGGCGAGGUGUGCUCGUACGUGGACGAUGUUAAGUGGUACAAUUCGCCGUGGUGCAUGUUUUAAACAUGCACGUGCAGCAGAAGCGAGGUUCCGUAACUGCUGGCUGUGGGCUGAGAACGUGUGAUAGCACCCAUCUGUUGAAUCCAAUAAUAAUGUUUUCGCGUUUCGUUAGACUGCCUGUUAAAAUACAUGCUGUCCUCUGGCUUCGUUGGUCGCCACAUUUCACUUAGACGUUACCUCACAGUAAGACUUAAACCGGAGCCGCGCCCGGCGCCAGUCUGUAGUGACAAGUGUUGGUGUAUGUUGUUAUAGUUAAUUUGUAGUAAUUUUCAAGUCUACAUAUAUAUCUGAUUACAAACUGUGCAACUUGAAGUUGAUACGUAAACAAAGUAUCGUGCUGUUAGAGUUAAUAAAGUACAUAUAUAUUUUGAGAA